AGUGUAGCAGGUAAAACAAACCUACUCCCAUUACGCUUUUUUUCUGUACAUGUGUAGCGUAAAAGAACGAAAAUCAAAAUAUGGCGUAAAUUGAUGUUUUAAAUGUGAGAUGGUGUGGUAAGUGACUGAACGAAUCGAUUGACAAAUUGGAUGAAAAGUUGUUGAAAUUUGAAUUAUUAGACAUUUCGUUGUAAAUAAAGUAGUAUCCUUCUAUUAACUUAUAGAUAGUAGUAAAUGUGCUAUUUGCUAGAAACAUGAAAUCCAAUGAUACUAAAUCAAAUGAACAGUCGUCAGAAAAAAGUACUAAGAAAAAGAUAAUUGAUGAAGAGAUAUCGUUGAAUAAUGAAAUGAAAGCAGUGCCAUUGAGCGAGGAUGAAACAAUUAAUCCUAGUGGCUCUUCUGUGGAGCAAAAACCUGUAGAAUAUAACACAAAUGCACAAAGUGCCACUGAGCAAGCGGAGACAGAUAAAUUACAAUAUUCGACUUGUGACGUAGAAGAUGAGGAUGAUGAUGUUCCUGGUGAUUUUUUUGAUGACUUCUUAAAAGAUGAUUUCAUGGCAGCAUUAGAUGUUAUAGAUGAUGAUGAUGAUGAUGUUGAAAAUGAUGGGGUGUUUACAAAUCGUAAUGUAAAUUUAAGUCAUAAUGAUACGGAGGUAUCUACUCUCAAAAUGCAGGAUGAUGAAAAGAAAGAAAGAAUUGUAAAUACAAAAUAUAAAGAAUCAGAACGAAAAGGUAGAAGUAAGAAAUCAAAUCCACACAGAAGAAACUCAAAUGACAUUGGUAUUCAUAGAGAUCCAAAAAAGACUAGAAGGGAUAUUGAAUUAGAUAAAGCAAGGUGUGAAAAAAAUAAAGAAAUGAAGAGAAUAUCAGAAAAACUCAAAUUAGUUGAAACAGGUAUGGUGCCUCCUGGGAUGGAAAUGGAGACAGAUAUUGAACUAAUACAAAAACAAAGGGUCUUAGAGAAAAGUGAUAUUGAUUUACCAAAGGGCCUCUCUUCAAAGAAAAAAAGUAAUUCUCUUAAAAGUGGUUUCACCAAGGAAAGCCUCAGGUAUAGAUCCAAAAGUCCAAAGAGAUCCCAUAGAACUAUGUCCAACUCUAGAAGUCCUUUGGGUACAUCUAAAAGGUUAAUACAUAGACUUAGAAGCCAUUUAAUACAUAAUCCUACAAGAGAUAGGAAUAAAUCUCCAUUGAACAUACAUGAUAGACAUGCAUCUCCUUUAAAGUCGCGUAAUAGACGAGAUUCCCCGCGAAAAUCACGAGAUCAUCGUGGAUCUCCAUUGAGGUCACAAGAUAGACGUCGAAGUCCUCGAGAAUUACGCGCUAGACGACAUUCUCCUAUGAGUUCACGAGACAGACAUGAAUCUCCCAAAAGAUUACAUAGACUUGAUUCACCACUAAGAUCUCGUGAUAGGCGUGAGUCUUCUAAAGAAAGAAGAAUUUCACGAAACCAUGAUGGCAAAAGAUCUCAAGAGCGAUCUAGAAGUCGUAGCCAUGAUAGAAGACCCAGAACAUCUAGAUCAUCAAAAAGAAAAAGAGAACAAAAGUCAUUUUUACAGGAAAUUGCUGAGAAAUUAAGGAACCCACGUCCCUUUGAAUCACAACCAACUCCAGCAUAUAUACAUCCUACUGGCACUCAAGUUGCAUCAUCUCUAUCUGUUCCUACACCAGUACCGGCACCUUUACUGAGCACACAAUAUCCUCUACAGACACAGAGUUACAAUCGGGGCUUCUUUAUAGGAACUCCACAGGCAAAUAUUUUACCAACACAAUCUGCUCAUUAUCAAGUGGGCUUACUUGAACAAAUUCAAAAUCCAUUACACCAACAAACUGUACAUCAACCAGAUUAUGGUACAUCUAUGCCAUUUAAUUUCAGCCAUUCACAGAUUCACAACAAUUUAGGACUGCAUGCAAUGGUUCAACUUAAAAGUGAAUUCAAGGCAAAUGAUAACUUAAAUAAAUUUUGCGAAAGUAAAAAAAUCACAUUGGCUGAUUUCUUGUCCAUUACUGCUAAUCCAGAAGUUUAUCUACCGGGCUCAGAACAGAUGAAGCACAAAAACGAUGUCAUUAUACGUUGCCAACAAGCUAUUACAUAUCUGGAAAAUAAUAAAAAGCGUUUUACUGGGCCGUUGAUACUACGCAAGGACGACAAUAUAUCGAACUCGCAGCAAGAAAAAUUCAAAUCCCCCUUAUUAAAAUCUUGGGACCUAAAGCUACCGUUUACAGAGAUUCCUAAUACUACUGAACACAAGAUCAAGUUAUCUGCUUACAUUGAUACUCUUCUUCGAAAUCAGGGCCUUUUGAACGAGGUGAUAGUGAUCGAUGAUGAACUGGAGUUAAAUAGUGAAUUUUCAGAGUCAUCUUCUGUCCCUCCUUCUGCUCCAAUAAUCUCCUUAGAUAACGACAAUACUCGGAAAUCAGCAAGAGAUGGUGAAAAUAUUUCAGAGCAAACUGAUACAACAAGGUGUUUAGUUUGUGAAAAACGUAGUAAAAUUGUAACUAAAUCAAUUGGUGUGCAAUGCGGUAAUAAUUUAAAGUUUUCCAUCGGUACUCAAGUUCGAGAAGAAGCGUUUGCUCCUACAAUUCCGAAAAUUCAAUCUCUAGCUUCAUUAACACCUGCUCAAUUAUUAGCUGGAUCAGUUGUAGGACCAUCUAAAAUUCAUGACGUAGACGAUUACAAUAAGAACUUCAGAAAGAAGAGCAGACCAUUUGAUUAUGCAAACCAUACGAUUUCUCCCCAACAGGCUCCCCCGCCCCCAAGAAAUAUUUUCAAUAGACCUACAGGAUCGGACACUAUCAAUAAAUAUAAUUAUUAUUAAGGAUUCUGUUUUUGUGUUCACGAUACCAUCUUUGUUCAACGCGUUUCCUUGUUUGUUAGAAUUAAUUUUAUUUCACCUCACAUCCAAGUAUAUUGUACAAUUUAGUGUACUUUGGAAAAUAUUUAAAUACAAUUUAAUUUUAUGUAUUAUGUCUUUUAUUUAAUCCAGUAACGAACAAAAAAGACAUGAUCAAAAAAGACCAAAACAUUGAAUUAGAUAAACAAAAAAAAAUACUUUUUAAAAAAUUCAAGGAUCCUAUUAUGAUUGUAAUUAUAUUUUUACUAAUUUUUGGCUUAAAGUUUCAUGUUACGAACAAACACUAGCUCAUUUUUUCUACCUUCACAUUUUCUAAUGUAUUGUAUUUAUAUUAUCUUCAUUCAUCUUUUUAUUCUUUCGUCUCAUUUUUCGCCUGGUUAAUAUAAUAUUUUUAUUCUUCUCCAAUCUAUUAUUCCUAAAGUUGUGUUAUCCGUUUAUGUGUUUCCACAAUUUCCUUUCUAAUUGUAGUUUUUACCAAUUCCAUCGUUAUAUCCGAUCUGUUAUGUUCAUCAUUUGUAUUUUGGUCCACUAAUUCUUUAAAUAUUUCCACCUCUGUAUUAUUUUCAAAGACCAUAAUUUUAAUUACUACUGUUUGCAAAGGAAAGUAGAAACUUUCUAGGGAAUCUGAAAGAUGCAGUAAGUUGUGUAAACAGGUACAACUUGGACUAUUAUUUUAGUAAAUUAAUCACACGUAGUCAAACUAGAUAACCUUUUAAUGCAUGAAGAGGUAUUGGUGGUAACUAUGUUUUGGAACCAUAUUAUGUAAACUUCAUUUAAAUAUUGAGAUCUUUUAGGCAGUCACUAACUGAAGCAGAUUACAUUUCCACCAUAAUCUAUUAAUUCAAGGUGAUCAGUUUCCUGAAAGGUAAAAUUGAAGACAUAGGCUAGUGUGUUGGCCGCCCAAUUCAUCAGAAUUUCAUACAACCAGGAAACUAGCGAAUGAAAAACAUAAAUUUAAAACUAUAAUUUCAAGGUUAAGGCAAAAUUUGUUCUGUAUCAUAAGAUCCUUAAUUAUUAUUGAUGGAAUCCCUUAGGGUUCAGUACUAUUUUACCA